CGGCGGGAGGCGGCGGAGUGAUACGCGGGGAGGCGACGGGCGGGGUAAGCCUCGUCGCGACGCUGUGACGGAGCUCUGACGUGGAUCCUGACGUAGACGCUCAUCUUCCAGUAGGAGUUCGAGUUAGCGUCCCCGACCGUCGACGUAACGGCCCAGGGCUACUCAAUUUGAAGACAUGAAAGAAAAGAUUAGAAAAGGUGGAGGCGUUGCUGUGCUGGUGAAAGAAGAACUAAAGUGGGAAGCCGCAACGAUGCAGGUUGCAGACCGCAAUGUCCGCUUUGCAAUGGAGAGCAUCAGGAUGGAGGGCGUGGAUGGCGGCGGGUCGGGGGGCGGCGGGUCGUCCUCGGUCGACCCGCUCUCCACCGUGAGCAGUGAGGGCAGCGGUAGUGGGGCGGGCGGCGGAGGGGGAGGAGCCAUGCCCGCCGUCUCCACCGUCUACGUUACCAUCCCUCAGGCCAGUGGACCCAUCGCCUCUGGCGGGUCAAAGGGCAUUCAGAGUGUGAUACAGCAACCUUCUCAGCCAAGUGUCAUUCAGAGCACAGCCUUGCAGACCGUACAGCUAUCUAAAGGAAACGUUAUCCUUCUUAAACAACCCUCGCAGCAGUCCAAUUCAGUAAUUCAGUCGGCUGGUGGAGGUACUCUUCAGACAGUGCAGGUAUUGGAGGCGAGUGACGACCAGGAUUCAUCUCGUAAACGACAAAUCCUGGCGAGACGGCCAUCUUACCGCAAGAUUCUCAAUGAAUUAGGUGGAGGUGAGAUAUCAGACAAAGGUGACGCAGGAAGCUCGGAUUCCUCGCAGGACGAGCCAACAGGAACUGUAACCAUUGGGGGGCAGCAGUAUCAGACUGCAGGUUUGUUGAAAGUACUCCCAGCUGGUGGUCUGCAGCUGAGUGGACAAGGAAGUGACGGUCUACAGACAAUUGCAAUGACAAACGCCGCCACAGCAGGUGGAGCCAUUGUCCACUAUGCCCAGGGCUCUGAUCCACAGUUCAUCGUUCCAGUUGCAGCAAGUGACCUAAGUGGCCUAAAGAUUGCCACCAGCAGCAGUGGCCUAACACAAGGUGUUGUUUUAGCAACAACAGCUUCUUCCGGUGUGCACGGAUCAAGUGACCAAAUGGCAGAAGAGGCUUCACGGAAACGAGAGAUAAGGCUUAUGAAAAACAGGGAAGCAGCAAGAGAAUGUAGAGCCAAAAAGAAAGAGUACAUUAAAUGUUUGGAGAAUAGAGUAGCAGUGUUGGAGAACCAGAAUAAAGCAUUGAUAGAGGAACUCAAAACAUUGAAAGCGUUGUACUGUCAAAAUAGUUGAUACCAGAGCGUAAAUAAAGUUGCCAUGUUGAUGGCACAGGUUACUCUCUGCAGUGGUGAAGCAUGAGGUAGUGCUAUAGUCUCUCAAUAAGGCUUAGCUGUGCUUCACUGAAAACUAAGCUCACACACACAGCUCAUGUUCACACCUUGGAAUCCUACAGAGUAAUAGUCUCUUGAGUGCCCAAGAUGGUUGAUGGUUUACUAAACUGUUUAAGUGUUAUUGCUUAACUAAGCUAUUCAGUUGAUGGUUGGACAGCUGUUGGCUAUGUUUUUAAAGCAAAAAAACUAAAAAAAUUGUGAUAUACAAUGCACAGAUUUUAUGACUUGGAAAUGAAUGUUGUAUUGGCAGAGCUAUAAUGCAGUGUUUCGAGUCCCUCCACAUCUUUUAUUCGAAGAGGCAACUAAGGAAUCCUGCAUUCCUAGAUUACCCCAAGAGUGACCAAUAAUAGGUCACUGUUCCAGGACUGUAGCAAAAAAUGCUGAAGAAAGAAGAACGAAUAUGUAAAAUGUUUGGAGAGGAGAGUUGCCGAGUUUUAGAACCAAAACGAAGCGCUCUAAGGAAUGUGUUCUUUUAUGAGUUUUCUGCCAAAAAAAACAGGAUAGCGUGUCAAAAUACGAGAAUCACUGCUUGUGAUAAUGUGACCUGAAUUUUAAUUAUCAUUAGAACAAUCCUAUACUUAAUGGUCAACUUCUGAGAAGCUUUGACCUAUAAAGAGAAGUGUCCUUGUAGUGAGCUAGCCUCAAGCUGUUGAGGAGAAUUGUGUAUUGCUCCAUUGUCAGAGCAACCACAGCAGAAAGGCUGCAGUAAUCCGGUGAUAUUAAAAAUGUAGUUUAAUUAUGUUUUGCUGCUGAAAUGUAUAUUCUUUGUCAUUUCUUGGAUUUUGCACUGCAGUUCAUGUUGUCGGUGGUCAGCUCCAUAAUAUUUAUGAAUUAUUUUAUGACCUAUGAUUUGAAUGUGAAAGUCCUUUUGGAUUUAAGAUCAGCUGUCCCAAGUUAAUGUCAUGUUUGUCUCUACAUUGAGUAAAUAGUUCAAAAAAGUGUAAACUGAAGGGGAAUAGCUGAACUUAAAACCUAGGAAUUGUAUGUUAUCAGCAUUUAAUCAAGAAUUUAUCUGUAUUGUAUACCGGAUAAUGUAUGUCUGGAAGUUUUCUGGCCAUUUGGUACAGGUGGUUCUCUUGUCCAUUUUCCCAGUGUAACUGUGGCCUCAUUUUUAAGCAUUUCCAUAAUUUAAACUUAUAAUUUAAUUAUUGGUUUGACAUCACUGAAAGCCAUUGAUCUUUUUAAAGUUUCACUUGUUUUGCCAUCGUAAACAUGUGCGAAUGUUCUGUUGCUAGUCAAUCUCUGCGGUUCAGAAUCGCACCUUUCCAUUCUGUUGCUUCAAUUACACCUGGGGAUUGUCUUUAUGAAGAGGCCAAUGUAAUAUUUUUUGUGGCUUGAAUGUAAUUUGGGCUAAAUUCUCUAGUAACAUGACAAAUUUAGAAGUGCAUUCUUUUUUACAUUGCUCUAUUUUAUCAGGUCUUGACUUGUCCUUUUGGAUUUUCAAGUCAGUUGCUGCAAAAUUAUCUUUCCUUGGAAAUUUAUUCUUUGUAAGUUAUUAUGAGUGUUUAUACAUCACUGGAUAUAUUUAUCAGGUCAGCUUGUUAACCCUCAAACCGCGCAUAUCAUAUAUAAAUGAUAUC